AUGAUUGGUGCGCUCUCCUGGGACCAGCGGGAUUACGUAUUGGCAUCUCGCUUUGGUAGCAUGGCGGCACUGCGGCAGCGUGGGCAAGUGGCUUUUUGGGACGUUCCGGGGACCUGGGGGGGGAUCUUUCUUUACCCCAGGGCCCGGGCCACCUCAUCUUUCCUCUGCAACCCAUGCCGAGAUGCAUCUGCCACUGCGACGGCGACGUUCUUUCCUUACAUUGAUUUCAACGCCUUACUUUUCAGUACUAGGCGUGCCAGAUAUCGCGACUUCAAAGCUGGCAAGAUGGCAUUCGGUAAUAUGCAAGCCUGCCGAAUGGAGGCUCAUCGAGUGCCGCCCGAAUGCGAUCCCGGCGUUUCGAGGGCAAAGAGACCGCUGGCGGGUCGGGAGUUGCAGUUCUUGCAUUGUUUCGUUUCCACCACUGCUGCGAGCUGGGGCAAGUAUCCGCGAAUUUGUUUCAACGCUUUGGUCGAGUGA